AUGUCAACAACGACAGCCGACGAAGACGCCCGCGCGGCCUACCUCCUCGACGCGCAGAACAAGGCCGUCCAGCUCUUCGACGAGAUCCAGCGGGACCUCGUCCGCCCCGGCGUCAGCGAAAAGACGCUAAGCGACGAGAUCCAUCAACUCGGCGCCACGCGCCACGGCGUGAGAACCCACUGGCAUAAACGGCUGAUCCGCAGCGGGCCCAACACGCUGCGACCCUUUGCGGAUAAUCCGCCAGACCGGAUCAUCCAGCCCGACGACAUCCUGGUCGUGGAUCUCGGCCCCGUGUUCGAGGAAUGGGAGGCGGACUUUGGGCGGACGUUCGUGCUUGGAGACGACCCGCACAAGAAGCGCCUGCGGGAUGCGUUGGAGCCAGUAUGGAAGACGGUCAAGGCGCGCUUCCAUGAGGACCCGCAUAUCACGGGGGAGAGGCUGUAUGAGAUCGCGUGCGAUGUCGCCCGCCAGGAGGGCUGGGAGUUUGGCUCCCAUAUCGCUGGCCAUCUUGUUGGGUCGUUUCCGCAUGAGCGGAUUCCCAAUGACAAGACUGCAUUGUAUAUUACAAAGGGGAAUAAGGAGCGCAUGGAUCUGCCUGGUCGUGAUGGGUUCAAGAGGCAUUGGAUCUUGGAGAUCCAUCUGCAUGACCCUGUGCGGAAGAUUGGCGCGUUCUACGAGCAGCUUCUGACCGUCGACUAA